AUGACUUUGACAUGGUCUCCAGCUGAUGAUGGUGGCAGCAAGGUUACAGGAUACAUCAUUGAGAAGAAAGAAAGCACAAGUUCCAGAUGGAUUAAAGUGACUAAAAUGGAUGAACGAGUGAUUGACACUACUUACACUGUACUAGACCUCAUUCAAGGAUCAGAAUACCAAUUCAGAAUUGCUGCUGAGAACAAAGCAGGCAUUGGUAAAUACAGCGAACCAUCAAAUCCAAGGAUCGCUAAACCACCUUAUGAUCCUCCUGGUCCACCAGGCAAACCAGUUCUUUCUGACAUCAAUGCCACAAAGAUGACUUUGACAUGGACACCACCAAUGGAUGAUGGUGGUUCCAAGAUUAGCGGAUACACUAUCGAAAAGAGAGAGAGAUUCUCAACACGCUGGGACAAAGUCAACAAGUAUGUCAUAAGUGAAACUACAUAUACUGUGACUGAUCUUAAAGAAGGCAAAGAAUAUGAAUUCCAUGUUGCUGCUGAGAACAAAGCUGGUCUUGGAACAUACAGUGAACCAUCGGACUCUGUUGUUGCCAAACCACCAUAUGAUGUACCAGGCCCACCAGGCACUCCCAAAGUGUCAGACAUUGUGGCAACAUCCAUGAAACUGACCUGGACUGAACCUGAUGAUGAUGGUGGUUCUCCAGUGACAGGAUACUUUGUUGAAAAGAAAGAACAAUUCAGUACCAGAUGGACACGUGUCAACAAGACAGCUGUCUCUGAAACAAGCUUUACUGUUGAAAAGCUAACUGAAGGGGAUGAGUAUGAGUUCCGCGUCUGUGCUGAAAACAAAGCUGGUGUUGGUCAACCUAGCAAAUCAACUGGACCACAUACAGCUAAGCCACCUUAUGCUGUUCCAGAUGCACCAGGGAAACCAAAGGUAAUGGAAGCCACAGAAAAAUCCAUGACUAUCAAAUGGACAGAGCCAGAGUCGGACGGUGGUGCGAAAAUCACAAGUUAUGUCAUUGAACAAAAAGACGAAUUCUCAUCAAGAUGGAGUAAAGUCAGCAUGGAACCCAAAAUGACUGAUACAACUUUCACUGUUACUAAACUUAGUGAGGGUUCUGAAUACCAAUUCCGAGUUGCUGCUGAGAACAAAGCUGGUGUUGGCAAAUACAGUGAACCAUCAGAUCCAAAAGUUGCCAAACCACCAUAUGGUCUACCUGAUGCUCCUGGUAAGCCAGUUGUCUCUGACAUUGAUGCUACCAAGAUGACUCUGAAUUGGACUCCACCUUUGGAUGAUGGUGGUGCACCUGUUAAGGGAUAUAUCAUUGAAAAGAAAGAAGGAUUCUCAUCACUCUGGACUAAAGUCAAUAGAUUUGAUGUGACAGAAACAACAUUCACUGUAACUGACCUGAAGGAGAAAUCAGAAUACCAGUUCCGUCUGCCUGAUGCUCCUGGUAAGCCAGUUGUCUCUGACAUUGAUGCUACCAAGAUGACUCUGAACUGGACUCCACCUUUGGAUGAUGGUGGUGCAUCUGUUAAAGGAUAUGUCAUUGAGAAGAAAGAAGGAUUCUCAUCACUCUGGACUAAAGUCAAUCGAUUUGAUGUGACAGAAACAACAUUCACCGUAACUGACCUGAAGGAGAAAUCUGAAUACCAAUUCCAAAUUGCUGCUGAGAACAAAGCUGGCGUUGGGAAAUACAGUGAGCCAUCAGAUCCAAAGAUUGCCAAGCCACCAUAUGAUGUACCCAGUCCACCUGGUACACCCAAGGCAUCUGACAUAGCUGCUACAUCUAUCACGCUAUCAUGGACUCCACCUGAUGAUGACGGUGGUUCACCAGUAACUGGAUACAUUGUUGAGACAAAAGAACAGUUCAGUGUUAGAUGGUCCCAAGUUAACAAGACAAGUAUUGCAGAUCUUACUUACAUUGUGAAAGCCUUGAAGGAAGGUUCAACAUAUGAAUUCAGAGUUUGUGCUGAAAACAAAGCUGGUGUGGGUAAACCAAGCGAUUCAAUUGGACCAUUGACUCCUAAACCAAAAUAUACUGUUCCUGAUGCUCCUGGAAAACCCAAAGUAAUGGAAGUCCAAGCUACAUCUAUGACCAUCAGGUGGAUGGAACCAGAAUCUGAUGGAGGCAGCAAAAUCACCAAUUAUGUCAUAGAAAGAAAGGAAGAAUUCUCUACAAGAUGGACAAAGGUCUACUCUGAUGUGAAAAGCACAGAUACAGACUUUACCGUGACAGGACUUACUGAGGGCUCAGAAUACCAAUUCCGAGUUGCUGCUGAGAACAAAGCUGGUGCUGGCAAAUACAGUGAACCAUCAGAUUCUAAAGUUGCCAAACCACCAUAUGGUCUACCUGAUGCUCCUGGUAAGCCAGUUGUCUCUGACAUUGAUGCUACCAAGAUGACUCUGAAUUGGACUCCACCUUUGGAUGAUGGUGGUGCACCUGUUAAGGGAUAUAUCAUUGAGAAAAGGGACAAGGUUUCUUCCAGAUGGAUGAAAGCUAACAGAUUUGAUGUGACUGACUUGACAUAUGUUGUUACCGACCUCCAACAGGGUUCAGAAUAUCAGUUCCGAGUUGCUGCUGAGAACAAAGCUGGUGUUGACAAAUAUAGUGACCCAUCAGAUCCAAGGAUUGCUAAACCACCAUAUGAUGUUCCUGGUCCUCCUGGAAAACCAACUGUAUCUGAGAUUGAUGCAACAUCCAUGAAACUCAACUGGUCACCACCUGAUGAAGAUGGUGGUUCUCCUAUCACUGGGUACACCGUGGAAAUGAAAGAACAGUUUGGAUUCAGAUGGAGUAAAGUUAAUAAAAUCAGUGUAACAGACACAUCAUAUAAAGUGGAAGGUUUGAAGGAAGGAAAUGAAUAUGAAUUCAGAGUAUGUGCAGAGAACAAAGCUGGAGUUGGUAAACCAAGUGACUCUAGUGGUGUCAAGAAGGCCAAACCACCAUAUGAUGUUCCAGAUAAACCUGGCAAACCAAAAAUAUCCAAUGUGAGUGCGACUUCGAUGACUCUAAAAUGGACAGAGCCUGAUUCAGAUGGUGGAAGUAAGAUCACUAACUACCUCAUAGAGAAGAAAGAAGAAUUUGCUACUCGCUGGUCUAAGGUGUUCCUUGAUGAAAAGGUGACUGACACUGAAUACCAUGUGACUGGACUCACUGAGGGAUCACAAUAUCAAUUCCAUGUUGCUGCUGAGAACAAAGCUGGUGUUAGCAAAUACAGUGAACCAUCAGAUACUGUAACUGCCAAACCACCAUAUGGUGUUCCCGGAGCUUCUGACAAGCCCAGUACAUCCGAUGUGACUGCUACUAGUAUGACUGUUAGCUGGUAUCCACCUGAUAAUGAUGGUGGUUCACCUGUAACUGGAUACUUUGUAGAAAGAAAAGAACAAUUCUCAACAAUGUGGACUAGAGUUAAUACAUAUUCAGUUAAAGAGACAUCUUUGAAAGUUUCUCAAUUGAAGGAAGGCUCUGAUUAUCAAUUCCGUGUAAUUGCUGAGAAUAAGGCUGGUCCUGGUAAACCAAGUGAACCAAGCGAACCAAGAAAAGCCAAACCACCAUAUGAUGUUCCAAAAGCACCUGGAAAACCAGACGUCAACAAGGUUGAUGCAACACACAUGACUCUGUUGUGGACAACACCAUUCUCUGAUGGAGGCAGCCCUAUCACUGGUUACAUCAUUGAGAAAUCAGAUGCUUCAAGACUAAGAUGGUCCAAAGCACAUAGAGAGACAAUAACUGAUACAACAUACACUGUAACUGAUUUAAUGGAAGGUACUGAAUAUCUGUUCAGAGUGGCUGCAGAGAACAAAGCAGGAAUGGGACCAUUCAGUGAGCCUAGCGAUAAGAGACUAGCUAAGCCACCUUAUGAUGUACCAGGCCCUCCUGGAAAACCAAAGAUCUCAGAUGUUACAGCAACAUCCAUGCAUCUUAAGUGGUCUGUUCCAGACACUGAUGGAGAUUCAAAGAUUAUCAACUAUGUUAUUGAGAGGAAAGAAAAAUUCAGCUCCAGAUGGAUUCGAGUAACCAAGGACAACAUCUCUGACACAGAAUACCAAGUCACUCAUCUCACAGAGGGUACUGAAUAUGAAUUCCGAGUUGCUGCUGAAAAUAAGGCUGGUGUUGGCAAAUUCAGUGAACCAUCAGAAGCAAGAGUAGCCAAACCACCAUAUGAUAAACCUGAUGCCCCAGAAAAGCCAUCAGUCUCAGGUGUGACUGAGAAAUCAAUAACACUAACCUGGAGCCCACCAAUGGAUGAUGGUGGUAGUCCUAUAUUUAACUAUGUGGUUGAAAAGAGAGAGAAAUUCAGUACACGGUUUAUCAGAGUUAGUGAUGUUACAAUAUCUGACACAACAUUUACAGUAACUGGUUUGGAAAAAGGUAAUGAAUAUCAGUUCCGUGUGUCUGCUGAGAACAAGGCUGGCGUUGGCAAACCAAGCUCACCAUCAGACCCAAGAAUUGCCAAACCACCAUAUGAUGUGCCAGAUUCACCUGGUGCACCAGAUAUCACAAAAGUUGAAGGCAGCUCCAUUACUCUGCUGUGGACACCACCAAAAGACGAUGGUGGUUCACCAGUUACCGGAUAUUCAAUCGAACGAAAAGAGAAAUUCAGUUCACGCUGGGUAAAAGACAGUGCCAUGCCUGUUACAGAUACAAUUUAUAAGUCUACUGGUCUGACUGAAGGUACUGAUUAUGAAUUCCGUAUUGUUGCGGAAAACAAAGCUGGAGAAGGAAAGCCAAGCUUCCCUGCUACACUGAAAAUCUCUGUACCAGAUGCCCCUGGCAGACCUGAUGUUAUUGAAGUAACUGAGUCAUCAGCCCGUAUCAAAUGGACUGUACCAGAAUCCGAUGGAGGAGCUAGAGUCACAGGCUACAUUGUUGAAAGGUGUGACACCAGUAAAGAUCGUUGGAUAAGAGUCAAUAGAACACCAGUUAAAGAGCCUUUCAUCAUUGCUGAAGACCUAAUCAAAGGAACAGAAUACAUUUUCCGUGUGUCGGCGGAAAAUAAGGCUGGAAUCAGUGAACCUAGCAAACCAUCUAAACCUGUUGUUGCCAAACCACCCUAUGAUGUGCCCGAUGCACCAAGCAAACCUGAUGUAUCUCAUGUGACCAGGUCUUCAAUGACUCUAGAAUGGAAACCACCUGCAUCAGAUGGUGGUAAUCCCAUCAUCUCUUACAUAGUUGAGAUGAAAGAUCAGUUCAGUACAAAGUGGACGCUCACAGCUAACGUUGCACAACCAACAUGCACAGUCUCUGACUUAAAAGAAAAUACAAUUUACGAGUUUAGGGUUUCUGCUGAGAACAAAGCAGGAGCUGGUAAACCAAGUCAGUCAUCAAAACCAACAAAAGCAAAAAAUCCUUAUGAUGCACCAGGAGCUCCACCAGUUCCUAAAGUUCUUGAUGUGACCCAUCACUCUGUCACAUUGGAAUGGACACCACCCGAGUCUGAUGGUGGUGCACCAAUCCUUGGUUAUGUGUUGUAUUCCAAAGAGAGAUUGGAUAAACUUUGGGUACAAUCUUCACAAAUGUUGGAAUGCUUGACACAUACAGUGUCUGAUCUACGAGAGCGAUGUGUGUAUCAGUUCAAAAUAGCUGCUGAGAACAAAGCUGGCGUUGGUAAACCAAGUGAUGCCACUCUUCCUAUCACUUUGAAACCUCCCUAUGCAUACUAG